CCUGAACCUGAACCAAAACCUGAAAGCUGAACCUGAACCUGAACCAGAACCUGAACCUGAAAGCUACACCCAAUGAAUAGAACUGAAGAAGAUCUCGGAAUUGAUUCCUCAAUUAACGUUGAGGAAGAAAUUAACAAAAUCAUUCAAACUUUCCAGACGGACAACGUGGUACUUGAUAAACCUACAAGAAUAAUAUGUAUUAUUCUCUACACCUGUAUAUUCUCUUGUUCAGUUUUGCUGAACCUGCUGGUGGUGGUGGGUGUAACGAGGAGGAGGGAGAUGAGAACAACCAGGAAUAUUUUUAUCCUCCAGCUCUCAUUGGCCGACCUCCUACUCGUCCUCACUCUACCCUUCACCCUCACUGACGUCCUCCAUAGGACCUGGAUAUUAGGGAACAGUCCUUUUCUCUGCAGACUGACAAAGACUGUACCUCUAGUAGCAGUAUUCUGUUCCUCUAUCUCUAUAAUGGUUAUAGCGGUGGAUAGAUAUAUUGUCAUCACGAAGAACUACACAAGAAAGGCUAAACAUGCUUGGUUCUCCUGCGGGUUGACAGCUCUCUUUGGUACAAUCCUAGCAAUACCAGUCUUUGUCAGAACUGGUUUGUACAACAUGAAGGAAGUUGUAAACAACAUGAGAAUAAUGAUAAACGGACAGUAUCUUAGACUAGAGGAGUAUCCAGACUCAAGAUACAAGGAACUCGAGAAUAUACAUGCCUGUAUACAGGACUGGAGGGUGGGAGAACAAUUCAAUGUGAGUGAUAGAAUUUGGUUCACCCUAUUCUCUACUCUCCUACAGUUCAUCAUUCCACUAGUUGUAAUCUCUACUUGCUACUGUAGGAUAUCUAUCUAUCUCCAGGCGAACCGACAUCCUUGUCAAAGAAACAGUGCAAAUCAGAGAAAAACGAAUUUACUUCUCUUUCUCAUUUCUCUGAUAUUUUCAGUAAGGUAAACAUAUUU